GGACUGCCAGUCAAAAUGGCAAAAUGGGGCGGUCACUUCCGGUCCGCCAUGCGGCGCGCUCCGUGGCGCCAGAUCUGAGGGAGACUAUCGUGUUCCGUGUGUUCUGCGCUGUGACCCUCGGUCGGGAGCUGUGGGGAGAGCGGGGCGAGCUUGGAAUCCGCCAUGGAUGCAGUGACCUAUGAGGAUGUGCACGUGAACUUCACGCAUGAAGAGUGGACUUUGCUGGAUCCUUCCCAGAAGAGUCUGUACAAAGAUGUGAUGCUGGAGACCUACUGGAACCUCACUGCUGUAGGUAUCUUCAAACACACAAAGGAACCCAUAAUGAAGAAGAUCUCUGUGAAUAUAAUCAACAUGAUAAAAACUUUAGAUCUUUACAAUUAUACCAAAGAACUCAUGUGAAAGUAC